AUGCGUGAGCAGUUGCAACAGUACGAACAUCGCUAUGAUGAGAUCCUUCAACAGGGUCGAAUCUUGGAAGAACAGCUCUCUGUAGCUAAGGCCGAGCUAAGCAAGGCCGAAGCAGAACUUCAGGUCGCUCGUGCAGGGUACCAAGAGCUUGAAGCCGCCCUAACCAGCUGCCGGGGUGACAACAACUUGCUGAACUUCCAAAACACCCAGCUACGUGUCGAGUUGCAAGUCAAAGACCGCGAGAUUCAGAGACUUCGCCAGGCUGCUGCAAGCGCCACGAGUCCUGGGUCUUCGCCUCCAACGUCUGCUCCUCGCCAGCCAGAUAAGCCGCCGGUACUUGCGUCAAGUGCAUGCUCUGGUGGGUUUAGUUGGGUACAUAACGGUUCUAAUGAGGAUAGUAGUGGUGCACCUUCAUUGCCGCAAGUUGUCAAUGAGUCAGCCCCUUGCCCUCCUGCGACCGUCCCUCCUGCGACCGUUACCGAUCCUCGUGUUGAUCAGUUGAUUGAUGUCGUACAGCAACUGCUUGCCCAAAGAAAUGGCACGGAUCCAGGAUGCAAUGAUGCAUCUCCUGUUCAUGAGAUCGAAGAGCCUGAAAGGCAAGAGAAGCACAUUGUUGACAGCCGAGCUUUGUUACAUCUCAAGCUUGAGCCGGUUCCUUCCGACGCUGCUGGUUUCCGAGCCUGGGAAAACUCGUUGUUGGUCCAGAUUGCCAAGCUUGACAUGUCAGGCGAAGGUUUGGUUGUUGCAUGGUUGUCUCGGUCUUUCACAGCUGAAAAAGAAGAGCUUACUGAAUCAGGUCUUCUUCCUCGCCUUGAUGCUUGGAUUGCUGGAGAGAUGACUUCCAUGCGUGUGUUGAAGCAAGUGACUGAGUUGGCGCAAGAAGUUAUCGCCUACGUUGAGUUGUGUGGCCAGACAGGGUCCCAGCCGAAAGGUCGAUACAUGCUUGCUCUUCUUGCUCGUCAUUUCAGCAUUGACCGCGUUCGAGGCACUGUGCUGACUGCUUCAACGUUGUUCCAGGUCGAAAUUGGAGGAAACUCCAUUCGAGAUCUCCGGGAUUUUGUGCAGCCGGAUGAUCGCCUCACUGGCGAAUGGCUCUUCCACCGUGUGAAGCACAUUAGGAAGCUAGAACGUGUCAUUGAUGACAUCAGAGAAUCUGCGCCAGAAUCCCGUCGUCGUGAGUGGAGUUACCUAUGGAACAAGAUACAAGACGUCAUCGUUCAAGAACGAGAAGACACCAAUGCUCAGUCGGUAAUCAAGUCCCUGCAGAUUGCAGCUCCGCAGGCAAAGGCCAGGGGGGUACCUGCUGAGACCGAAGAGCCACCGCGAAGUCCUCCAGCGCCCAAGACUCCGCCAGAGGCUCCAGUGUCUACAACCCCAGCACCAACCCCUGAGCCUGAGGCGAGAGCAAAGCCAAAAGCAAAAAGCAUGUCAGAUGCAGAAAAGGCUAAGACGCCUUGCAUUUUCUUCAGGAUGGCAUCUGGUUGCAUGCACGGAGAGGACUGCAAGUACAGUCAUGACCCUGAUAAGACCCCUAAGGUUGACCCUAAGUCUAAGCCUAAGGCCGCCGCUCCCAAACCCAAAUCCACAGGAGCCGUUGCGAAGGCAGUCGUGGCAAUGAUUGCCGCCUCAAGCGUGUGCAACAUCCCUGGAAGCAACGCCUUAAGCGUUGGGUGGGCUGCGCACACAGCUGCUGGUCGGCAUCUUGGAUCGGCGCGGGCGUUGGCAGACCGGGGAAUUCCGUCGGAGUCAUACAGGUCGUUUCUUGCGCGCUCAGCGAGCCUUGUUACGUUCCACGCAGGCGGUGGACCUCAGCCCGGUUCGCAGAGCUUGGGAUUUGCGUCCGACAAUAUGCCUCUCGCCAUUCACUACAUGUUGGACAACUGCCCAGUUGUUCGAAGCACUGGCUUGGAUGUUGAAUCUGGGAAGGCCUUCAUAUGGUUACCUGGUUCCCUUCCAUUCUUCGCGCAUGACUUGUCUAAGCUUCGGGUCGACUGCGCCGAAGAAGCCAAGCUUUAUGCCAAGCGCACAGAUGAGCAUGUGCCGAUCUUCACCAGCAAAUGUCAGUUUGUCCAUGGUCUUGCUGCGUCAGCUGAUUCUCUUGACGAGUCGGGUGAGGAAUGCCAAGAGCCUUCGCGUCCCGUUGCCCAUGAUCCAGCUGAAGAGUAUGCCAAAGACCUCCUAACAAAGCGUGGUGAUAUUCAGCCCAAUCAAGUUCGUAAGAUCUUUGGACUUAUGAAACGCGUUUCCGCAUCCCGAGGGAUUGAGCCGAGCGAUGACACGUCCUUUGCAGUAGGUUGCUUCCGUCGAGGUGGUGUGGUCGGUCUACUGAAGUCCAAGAAAGGGGUCAUCUGGUUUUCCGCCAAAGAUCGACUUCGUGCCACGAAGCCUUGGACUGGUGUUCGACUUGCGAUGGUCUUGUGUGCGGCAACAGAUCCUGCUUCUCUCGAGCAUGAUGUUUUGGAUGCUCUCAUAGGAGUUGGGUUUCUACUGGACAAUCUUCCGCUGGUUGAUGUCAUUCCCGCAGAAGUUGAUUCGUCCGAGAUACCUUCCUCUUCGUCAGGGGGGUUACCCAAAGAACAUCUUAUCGAAGCAAGCCCUGAUGGUCCUGCUGCAUCUGCACUUCCUGAAGGGGACAAGCCUCUAGAUUUGAGUCCACCUGGAUUCCCCGUUGUGGAUGAUGCACAUGUCAGUGAUCGAGUUCGCAAACUGAGAGAUGAAGCUGUAAGUGUGAAGCAUCGCUUCUUCCACUUCCCAAAGAACCCGUUCUGUGAUGUGUGCAAUCAAUCCAAGCUCUUGUCCAGAAGAGUGUGUCGCAAGCCUCGUGAUGAGGACUCUGCGCCCGCGUUGCUGGAAGCCUCGGAAUUUGGAGAAGUCAUCGCAGCUGAUCACAUUCAUGUGUUCAAGUCACUCAGCGACUCCAACGCUCCCGGAAGAGAGUAUGUUGUGUUCGAGCAGUGCCCUGUUCAAUGA